GCCACCGUGUCCUAGGUGUUGUGUGUGUCGACUGUUUACAGUGUAUCCAGCUGAGGCUGUGUGUCAGUCUUGGGGUUUUCAUUGUCUUUAUUUUUUUAGUGGGUUAAGGUACUUUUAUGAAACUUCCAAUCUGGAUCGCGGCGGCAACAAUAGGAAGAAGAUAGAGGAAUUCUCUAGGUCUUCUCGGGAGAAACUGCUUCAGUCCAAAAACAAAAUGUUCUCCAAAUUCACCUCCAUCCUCCAGCAUGCAGUCGAGGCGCUGGCACCUUCCCUUCCAUUGCAGGAGGAUUUUGUGUAUCAUUGGAAAGCUAUCACACACUACUACAUAGAGACAUCAGACGACAAAGCCCCAGUGACAGAUACAAACAUCCCUUCACACCUGGAGCAGAUGCUAGACAUUUUGAUUCAGGAGGAGAAUGAGCGGGAGUUUGGAGAGACUGGCCCAUGCAUGGAGUAUCUCCUCCACCACAAGAUCCUUGAGACACUCUACACUCUGGGAAAAGCUGAUUGCCCUCCUGGAAUGAAACAGCAGGUCUUGGGGUUCUAUACCAAGCUAUUAGGAAGGAUUCGCCAACCUCUUCUUCCACAUAUAAACGUUCACAGACCUGUGCAGAAAUUAGUCCGACUUUGUGGAGAAGUUCUUGCAGCCCCAACAGAAAAUGAAGAAAUACAGUUUCUGUGUAUUGUGUGUGCAAAACUAAAGCAGGACCCCUAUCUUGUCAAUUUUUUCCUAGAGAUUUGCCAAGAUCCAGUACUCCAUUGUUUAUGCAGCAGGCAGGAAAUGAGCCAAGCUGCAGAAAAUUCCUGGAACAAGUCAAAAGCAUCUUUUGCCAGAGGGCCCGCAUCCGAAAGCUUUUUGGGUAAUCCCGAAAAAGCGAAAAAUGCCUCCACUCCAGAUACUGGUCAGCCUCUGGCUGCAGACAAGACGGGAGCAGAGAGCGCCAGAGAAACAGAACUUUCACAGCAGGCUGACGAGGUUUCUGUUUCACUGAACCAGCUCGGUAUGUCUUCCGAGGGAGAGGCUGCAGCAAACCACUCCAGCCACAACUACAAUCUGGUCAACUCCCUACUCAAUCUCACCAAGAGUCCAGAUGGUCGGAUAGUAGUGAAGGCUUGUGAAGGUCUUAUGUUGUUAGUAAGCCUACCUGAACCUGCAGCUGCUAAGUGUCUGACUGAGAACACAGCCCUGUGUGAACUGCUGACAGAGAGACUGACUGUGUUCUACAGAGCUCUUCCACAGUCUAUGGAUCCCUUGGACAUUGAGACUGUCGAAUCAGUGAACUGGGGCUUGGAUGCAUACAAUCUGAAAGAAGAUGCUACAGCAUUCCCUGGCAAGCGAGCUCUUAUCUCUUUCUUGUCAUGGCUGGAUUACUGUGAUCAGCUCAUCAAAGAAGCACAAAAGAUGGCUGCUGUUAAGCUCGCAAGAGCGGUUCGUGAGAGAUUCCUUGUUUCUGUCAUGGAGCCCCAGUUAAUGCAGACGUCAGAGAUUGGCAUUUUGACAUCCACGGCUCUUCUGAAUCGCAUAAUUCGUCAGGUCACGUCAGAGGCUCUGCUGCAGGAGACUAUUUACUUCAUCCUGGGGGAGCAGAGAGAGCCCGAGACCCUACGUGACAUCAACAGAUACCCUCUGAGACAUCGGCUCAUUGAGCACUGUGACCACCUGUCAGACGAGAUCAGUAUAAUGACUCUACGAAUGUUUGAACACCUUUUGCAAAAACCUAACGAGCACAUAAUCAGCAACCUAGUCCUGCGGAAUUUAGAAGAAAGGAACUAUGCCGAGUUUAAACCUCCAUGUCAAGAGGACAAAGAUGUUGUGGAAAACGGCCAGAUACCUGGGGCAGUAGACCUGGAGGAAGAUCCAUUGUUCACAGACUUUUCCCCUGACAACAGGGUGUUGAGUGCCGAUUGGCUGAGUGUUUCACCACCUCAGACGCCAGAUCACACAAAGCCAGAUGGCAAGACAGAGGUCCACAAGAUAGUGAAUAGUUUUCUCUGUUUAGUCCCCGAUGAGGCCAAAUCUUCAUACCAUGUGGAAGGCACAGGCUAUGACACCUACCUCAGAGAUGCCCACAGACAGUUUCGGGAUUACUGUGCCAUCUGUUUGAGAUGGGAUUGGCCAGGGACCCCAAAGCCUUUUGAAAAAUGCAAUUUGGAUUCCAGAUUCUUUGAAGGGCAUUUCCUUAAAACUUUGUUUGAUAGGAUGGGACGAAUCCUUGAUCAGCCCUACGAUGUGAAUUUACAAGUUACGUCAGUGUUAUCAAAACUGGCCUUAUUUCCCCACCCUCAUAUCCACGAGUACCUCUUAGACCCAUAUGUCAACCUGGCUCCAUGCUGCAGAUCUCUCUUCUCUGUCAUUGUCAGGGUGGUGGGUGAUCUUAUGUUAAGAAUUCAACGCAUCCCAGAUUUUACUCCAAAACUUCUGCUGGUCAGAAAACGAUUGCUGGGCUUGGAACCUGAAGGUCCAAGCAUUGACCACAUGACUUUACUGGAAGGAGUGAUUGUGCUGGAGGAGUUCUGCAAAGAAUUAGCUGCCAUAGCGUUUGUGAAAUUUCAUGCCUCCACUACACCGUAACAGAAGUUCAUGGUGCGCCUUGUGUUCCAAACUCUAAACCUGACAUUUUGUGAGAGCUCAGUAGAUGUGAAGACAUUGGUAGCCACAGAGGCAAAAAUCCAUCCUCUCUCAUCACUUGAAGUCAUGACAGGCAUCCAGUCUGAACUUUGCAUCAGUGCAAGGUCACCUAAUUGCAAAGGUUUCAGACUUUGGAAGUGCACAACAAAUACUUUUAGCAUCAGGUCUUGCUGGGAAAUGGUGGGCUUUAUCAGUUGCAUCUAGUUCAAUGAAUAGUCAUUGCUCUUAAAGUUAACAGGACAAAGAAGGGAACUGUUUUAUUAAUAUAGAAAAAACUAUGAGUUCACAAGUGAAUGGACAGUUUUUACUCCAUGUGCUUUUAAAUCAAGCAGCAAAAUAACUCAGUGUUUUUAUUUCUAAGUAGACAGCACUGUUGUGUCUCUGGUUUCAUGUUAGAAUCAUGUUUCCAAAAUAAAUCCAGGACCUGCAAGCAAAAAAUGCCUUAGUGUACAACACUGCCUUUGUAUCCUAAAUCCAGGAGGUUCUUUUUGUGGUCAGGUUCUGCCUUGGCCUGCAAUUUAAAUUAGGAGUCUCCAAGUACAAUUAAUGGCUUAUUAAACCACCUGAAAAGAAAACUAUAGGAGCGCGUUGCAAUAUGGUCUCAAAAUGUGAGGAACAAAUAUACAGGCUGAUCAAGAUGAUAUAACUUCUAAAGUAAAAAUUAAUUUUGGAGCACAAAUGCCUGUUUACACUGGCCUUCCUUUAAAUUAACAGAUUGCAGUGCCUUGAGACAAAUGUACUUAUUGAAGAACACAAUUUUAAUUUUUGGGUUGAACUUGUAGGUACUCUCUAUAUCCAAAUUCAAAUCACAGGAACCACAAUGAUUAGGUUUGCAUUGCAAAUUUAUUCACAGUGUUGCCCAGUUACCACUAAAAUACACAUUAAGUCUAGUAUAUUUUUCUGCAGUCGUUUGCACUUUUUAUUCUUGUUAUCCCUAGUCCAUAACAGCAAAAGAAAAUUGUAAAAGAACUAGUUGUUCCGUUCAUUUUGGUUUAAAAAUAUGUGGCUGUGAAACAGUGUUUUACAGAAGAUAUUGUUUUGUUUUUUUGACUGAGUGCUUCAUUAAACCUUUCUAUUGUUUGUGCCUUGGAUGUGGGCAUAAUUAAAGUGUUUCAGUCAUAGUGUUUUGUUUCUUUGGUAACCACAAAAAUGUUUUAUUUAUGAUUGAACAGAUAUCCACUUGUUGAACAAAACCAAUACAGCUUAAAUGUUUAGGUGCACCUGACAUUCUGCUUGUUGAGAAGAUGGUCAGUAAUACAGGAAUGAAUUACCUUUACUACAUUUUUCACCAGACGUGUUGAAUAUUGUUUGUUUUUUAAUUUAGCUUUGUUACCUGUUUUAAUGGAUUUUACCAGCAACUGUGUUUUUAUUAACAGAAUCUUUUAACAGAAAGACAAGACUGUUCAGAAUGGCGUUUUCUCUGACAUUCAAACAUCUGCGACUCGAGGAGAUAUUAUGAUGUUGUGCUGUUGGUAAAAGGAAGAGUGUUUUAACACAUGCAUCAUAAAAUAAUUUUAACUGGUCAUCCCAUAAAAGUGCUAAUUUGACACAAAGAUGGACCCCAGUAGAACAGCCUUUGCCAUGUGGACUCCUGGGUUUAUAAGUGACUAACUACCCUGGGUUUCUGAACAGCAGUGCAUUAUGGGCAGUGUGACUGGUGUUGGAUGGACAUGAGGCAGCCAGGAUAACCUCUGCUUGCCACACAACAGUAAGCUGUCAGGUGUCUGUAAGCUUGUGGUGCAAAAGUACUGCAGCAAGUCCUCAACCAGUAUUAACUUAUUUUUUUGCACUUCAGACUUGUGGGAUGUCGAAAUGGUGUUUCUAACAGGUUGAGAGGAGAGUGUUCUAAGUUGUCACGAACCUGUCUCCCAUACUAGUAUUGGUGAGCUACACUGAUUUCCUUACAUUCUGCAGUUUCCCAUGACAGUAUACAGAGCAAGCAAUUGGCCAUACCAAAUUAAAGACAUGAAUUGUUAAAAAUAGUAUUAUUUUCUUCAUGCUACGCUCAAUUUAUGGGUGAUUUAAUUUAAAAUAAUUUAAAUCGGGGUUGUCGGACAUGAAUAAAUGCACAUUCCAUUUGUUGUGAAUAUAUGUAUUUUUAUCUGGUUUGAGUUCAGUACUGAGUCCAGUAGUAGAAAUGGUUUUAAACCUGCUCUUUGUGGGUAUGUGGAUUACUAUAUGGUGUACAGUGAAUGAGAUUUUUUUUCCUGUAUGAGAAUGCAAGAGUUUUUUUUUUAACUUUGAGCAAUUUAUGCAAGCUUAUGUGUUUUAAUAAUGUAUAUUAAUUCCAGCAUAUUGUUUAAACCGUGUUUCAUACUCCAAACAUGUAAUUGUUCUGUGUUUGUUUCUAGAACACUGUAUUCUUUUCAUAAACCAAAUAUUUAGCAAGGGGUGCAACUUACUGAAGUGACAUCAUUGUUAAAGCCAGAAUUUUGUUUUAAGUCAUAUGCACUUUUAUACCAACAGAUGCAAUGUAUAACCUGGACUUGUGUAUAUAUAUGUAAAAAAAACAUUAGGAGCAAAGCCUGUGGUGACAGUUUUCCUAAUUUAAAGUAUUGUAAAUGCAUGCACACACAUUUCACAAGGCUUAAUUUAUUAAACAAAGAGAUGCAUACUUUUCUGGGAGUGUUUUGCCUAAGUUGAUCUGAACCUUUUUGCAGUGUAUUUGGUAUAGCUCAUGGUUCAAUAGAAAUUCUUAUAUAACUUAUGCCUUACUUGAGUAGUGCUCCAAAAUGUUUUUGUCAAUUUUAAAAAUAGGAAACUAAGUCUCCUGAGACUAAUUGUAUGUUAAAAUGUCUUCAGAAAGUAUUUUUGGAUGAUUUCCCAGAUAUAUAGGCAUCCAAUUGUGCAUUACAUUAUUGUUGAAAAUUUAUUUUUCAAAAAUCAAAAUUCACUGCAAAUUAUAAUAAUCUAGUUCUCCAUCAAAUUUAGUUAUAGAACAACAGUUGUUGACAUGUUUAAUUAAAUAUUUAAGUAUGCCCAUCCCUUGUAUAUUGCAAGGGAAUUGCAGUACAGUAUGUAUUUGUAUAAGCAAAAUGGGAGUUACUUUACUGCUGUGAUAUUUUUUUAGUCAACACUGGAGAAUAAUUUUUUAAUUUUUAAAAUCUUCCCAGAAUUCCUAUAAAUUUUAUAUUGCAGUACAUGUCCCACCAACAAAUAAGAACCCUGAGCGUUUUUGGCUCUUUCUGCAUUUUACGGGAAAAUGGUUUUGUUCAAUUCAAAUUAUGUGCUAUUUAACAAUUUUGAUAUAGAUUUCAGUUUUGUUAGGACAUCACACGACUUCACACCGUCACAGAAAUACUGCAAGGUAUAAUGAACAAUAACUGAAAUAUUCACCACACAUUUUGGAUAAUAAAUUAUGUUUCUAGUAAGUUCCUGUGAAACUUUUGUCUUCCUUGUGCACACUGUAAAAUAUUGCAUUGGCACCUUAUAUUGUGAUGUCUAUGUCUGGACAUGUUAAACCAUAAUAAUAGAUAAUGUGCUUUCCCUUGUAUGUAUGAAAAGCAAUGUUAUUUACGAUGCUUGCUUCACACAGUUGCCAUUGUAAAUGAUCACUUUAUUAAUCAUCCUCAGAUACAUUAAAGACUGCAUUCUUGAUU